UCGGCGUCUGGAGCUGCCUGCCUUUGCUCUCACCUUCCUGCGUGUCCCGGCGUUUUUAGCCCAAGCACACGAAAAAGAGGAAGACUACACAGCACGCACAUGGAAGAGUGCGCGAUUUUUUUCAUUGCUGCACGUCGCGCGAUGGCUUAUAUAUGAAGAGGACACUUUGGGAUGCGGACAUAAACAAGCGUCUCCACAGAGAGAAGCGCAUGAGAAAACGCAACGCUGUCCGUCCUCUCUCCGACACCGAGAAGGACUCCUCCCCACCUCGGCCGUGACACCUCCGGUACAUCGCCCUGAAAGGAUAACAGUCUUUUUUAUGCUGGACACGAAACACCGAGUCUAGCAUUACCAUCCAUCUGCCGCUGACUGACUGUAUGGCUUUAAAAAGUUGCCUGGAGAACAUGGACAUCUGACGUGCGCCACACGCCGUCAUUGGACACAUUGAGCCUCUCUCUCUCUUUUCUCCAUCACCUCUUGGACUGACUAAUCCCCCGCGCUUUGGGUUUGGAGUAAGAAGAAGAGUUCAGCAGUUGUUAUUUUUGCCUCGACACCGGCUACAUCCAGUAGCUCCCUGCAUAAGUGGAACAUUAUCACACCACUGAAGACACUGCCUGUUGUGCUGCGCAUUUGCGUACGUUGCUCUCACUGUGUGUGUGCAUUGGUGGGAGAAAUAUUUUGUCAGCCCCACCACGCAUUUGUCAGAGCUGACAUCCCGCAUAAAAUAAAGCCCAUGAUUCAUCGGGACCCUCGACCUGCAUCAGAGAGAAAACAGUGACGCGUUGGUUUUGUAACUUUCCAUUUCCAUCAACCUGAACAAGUGUCAUCUCAAGUGUCCCCUUGAAUGGUGACAUCCUCGCUAUUCCAGGUUUCUAUGUUGUGCUCAUUUGUAUUUGUUCAGCAUUCACAAGCCGCGCCAGUAACACACGGCCACAUGUGAAUGAGCCUCAUCACCUGUCCCGGUUGAAGCGCCCGUACAACUCGACUAACUGACUGACCAACACUGAAGAGGAAUACGUGCCGAAGUUUUGCUGUAGUGAUGCUGCAAAUGGAAAUGGUCAUCUUCAUCUGCCUGGUGCUGUUGAUGUGUGUAUUUAGCCAGGAGCCCAGUUCCAAAGUGGUGGCCGACCGCUACGCCGUCUUCUGGAACCGAACCAACGCCAAGUUCCAUCGUGGGGACUACCACAUCGACGUGUGCAUAAACGACUACCUUGAUGUCUACUGUCCUCACUACGAAGAUGCGGUGCCUGAGGAGCGGACGGAGCGCUACGUCCUCUAUAUGGUUAACUACGAUGGCUACAGCACGUGCGACCACACCGCCAAGGGCUUCAAACGCUGGGAGUGCAACAGGCCACACUCCCCGAACGGACCGCUCAAGUUUUCAGAGAAGUUCCAGCUCUUCACUCCCUUCUCCCUGGGCUUUGAGUUCAGACCGGGCAGAGAAUACUACUACAUAUCCUCCACCAUUGCUGAGAAUGGGAGGAAAACAUGCCUGAAGCUUAAAGUUUUCGUCCGACCAUCAAACAGCUGUGUGAAAACUAUAGGCGUACAUGACCGCGUUUUUGAUGUAAACGACAAAGUAGACAAUACAUUAGAACCACGAGACGAUACCAGCCAUGAACCAGCUGAGCCUUCCCGAAGUGACGAAACAAAUGCUGCCCCGCACCUGCAGAAAACAAGUCCACUCCUGGCUUUGCUGCUGGUCUGCCUACCAGCACUUUUCACUUUAUAGCGCCUCCCUCUGUCCCGGAGGGCAUUUACACCUAGCGUGGCCUGAAUCUGCCCAAGGCUGCAGGGAAGGGGUGGGAUUUGGGUGGAGUGUUUUUGCUUGAUUGGGCAUCAGAGCAGGCUUCUCAAGGAACCCUCUAUUUUUUUCAGAAAUAUAUUUAAGUGGUCUUUCUCCGUCUGUGAGUGAAAAAAGUUGAUGUUGGAAGUGGGAGAGACAGUUCCCCCUCUUAAACCUUCAACUAAGAUGCCAAAUCCCUUUUUUUGACACUUAGUGAUUCUUAUUUUCCCGUGACUUUUUUGUGACAUCCCUUUACAUCAUGUUUAUAUCAUUGCAGCACUGACGUUUACCCACACACAUGCACAUACACACACACACACACACACGCUGACAGAGUAAAAAAAAAUCCCUCUAGAGUAACAGUCAAUAGCGGUAGGAUUUUUAGUUGUAUACAGUAGCAGCAUUACACAGUAGGAAAGAUUCUAGGACUUAGGAAGUACUGGACAUACACAAUAGUUGUCCUGAGACCUCUCAAGAAGCCUUUCAGAAAAUAUUUUGAUCAAGUUCUGCUAGGUCAUGAAAAGCAGAUUUCUAUGCCUCCAUUUUACUGGGAAGUGCAGUACAAAGCUGAAAGAUGAAGAAGUAGGAAAAUUAGAGUAAUGGUUUUAAGCAGAGGUCAGACUGGAAACCACAGCACUAAGAAAUACGUACAUGGCAUGCACCUUAGCACGCUGAUCUUCAGACUGUCCUGGUUUAAAGAUAGUGCCCAAUUUUCUCUUGAAUACAAAGUGUAUGAAUAGGUGAAUAAGCUACUUACGGCUUGACUGAGUGAGUGUAAAACCCAUGGAACCAUGAGGCAACUUUUUCUUGUCCUCCUUCUUGUCCAUUGUGUAGAGCAUGCCGGUCCGCUCAAUAAAACACCUCUCAAAGCAUUUUGUUCACUCUGACUCACAAAACAGCUAAAUUGAAACUUUCUCUCCAGACACUUUGUAGACUGCUAUUAAGAGCGAGGAUCGAUAUCUUUUGAAAGUUGAUCACACAAUUUUACGGCAAAGUCACAGUCAUUUUAUGCAAUGUUUACUGAGCUGGGCAGCAAUUGUUCUCUCUGUUCCAUUUGAGUAUUAUUCAAUAUUAACACGCCCAUAGACAUUUGCAUCUACAGCUUUUUUCUCUGAUACGGAUUGUUGAAAGUGAUUGUUUAAAAAAUUAUUCACAGCUAAAUUGGACACUUUUUUAAAUUGGACAUUUUUUCCAAACCAUUAAGUUAUUUUACUUUGCGUCUCCAAACAUUGUCUCUCACAUUGCAGACACAGUAAACUUUGUGUUUUUUUGUAUUGUCUGAAAUCCACUUCAAUGAAAACAAUAACAGAGGUCAUGGGGGAGUGUUUGAAAGACACUUCAAUUCACAGUGCCAUAUUUCUUCUCACGUCCUUGUCACUUAAACAUAACCACAGCUUUGACUCACGCUCAUGAAAUAUUAGUUAGCUGGUUCUCACAUUCAGUAUUUUGCAGCAGUUAGUGCAGCAUUUAGAUGCUCCAAUUAGUUGAAAACACAUUGUGUAAACAGAGAAACUAUCCAUUUAAUUCAAGUCUGACCAGGUUAAUGUUAGCACUUACAUUCAAAUGAAUUCACCGUGUUAUAAUGAUAUUUAGCUUCCUUCAGUUCCCACAGAUGCACAUGGCGAGUUAGCUUAAUGAAAGCUAUUACGUCUUUUUUUCCCCCCAAAACAGAAGAGACUUGUUUCUUUGCUUUUAAAGAAGGACAGACAGAGAAAUUAAUUUCCUUUAAGAGCCAGGUUUUUAUACGAGAAAUAUGUCACCAAUUGCUUCGGAAAGAUAGAAAAAGAGCAAGAAAAGCAGGACAGGAGCAAUUGCAUGUCCACCUACAGUUCCUAGUGUUACCGGUUUAAGUGACUCGUUAAUGAGGUUCAAAAUGACAGGCAUGUGGACCCCAUGUUGUGGCAAAGGGAGUUAUUUCUGGUAUUAAAAAUAGAUGGUGGAAGGCUUGAAGG